UUUUAUCAUAAGUAAACACCUUGGGAACCCAAAAUAAUUAAUUUUUGAAAACUGGUUAAUACCAGUCAUAUUCCAUUGAGCUCAUAACACACAUGGAAGAUUUAAUAUUUCACUUAUAAAGAUUCUGCUGUGACUGGAUGUGAGGGGACUUCCACUGAAACCACUGAAGGCAGAAAACCACAAUUUUAUGAAAAAAACAGACCAAAAAUGUGAUGCAAAAAUCUGGAUACUCUAUGAAAAUCUGUGCACUUGAGACUGAGGUGUAAAUCUUUGAUGCCUGACAUUGAAAAAUCAAAGCUCAAGAAAACCUGAAAAAAGACUGAAGUGAUAUUAGUAAGUGUUCUGUACAUUUGGAAUUGCUGAAGGAACUGGUCUAUAUGAAAUGCAUCACAAUUAUCUCUGUGGAUUAGAGCAUUCAACAACUUUAGCAAUACAUUAAGAACAAAGUAAUUAUAAAUUCUACUUCUGCAUCUACAACUACGUUGGUUACUCACAGAUCAGUGUUAUAGCUAGGUUCAGCUUAUCUGUCAUUAUGUUGAGGUUCCGCAUCUCCAACGCUAUGAAAAGUAUGCUGCUACUAAGCAAUGCUGGCAUUGGUUUUAUUGUACUUUUCACAUGGCAUGGAGCUUACAUUUCCCAGUCUAAUGCACAAGUGGAUAAAACACAUAUACUUAUCAUCUCAUCAUGGAGGUCUGGGUCUUCUUUUGUUGGACAAGUCUUCAGUCAGCACCCUGAUGUGUUUUACUUAAUGGAACCAGCAUGGCAUGUAUGGAUUAAUAUGUAUCAGAACAGUGCAAAGUUACUGCAGAUGGCAGUUCGUGAUCUUGUAAGGUCCGUCUUUCAGUGUGACAUGUCUGUUUUUGAUGUUUACAUGCCAGAAAAUAAAACGUUGUCAGAUUUGUUUCAAUAUGGGGUCAGUAGGGCACUUUGUUCCCCACCGUCUUGUGAUUUCUACAAGCGCACAGACAUCACUAGUGAACUAACUUGCAAGACCAUGUGUGGUAAAAGUCAGUUUUCAAAAGUGGAAGCAGCAUGUAAAACAUACAGUCAUGUUGUUUUAAAAGAAGUACGAUUUUUUGAUUUCAAGGUACUCUACCCACUUCUAAAAGACCCCUCAUUGAAUCUCAAAAUUAUUCAUCUUAUUCGUGACCCAAGAGCUGUUGCUAAGUCCAGGGAACAGGCGGUAAAAGCUUUAUUAAGGGACAAUGGGAUUGUUCUCAACAAUAAUGGCACAGCUGUAGAUGACAAAAAUUACAAAGUACUACAGGAAAUCUGUAGGAGCCAUAUACAGAUUUAUGAGACAGCAACACAGAAGGCACCAGAUUUCCUAAAGGAUCGAUACAUGAUGUUUCGUUAUGAAGAUGUGGUUAAAGACCCUUUAACUGAAAUUGCUGAGAUGUACAAGUUUUCAAAUCUGAAAAUGACACCCAAACUGGAAGACUGGAUCUAUAAUGUUACACAUGGUAAUGGACCAGGAAAAAGGAAAGAAGCUUUUAAAAUAACCUCUCGUAAUGCAGUGGAUGUUGCUCAGGCAUGGAGGAAUACCCUUACUUUUGAGAAAGUCAGAGAGAUACAGAAUGUCUGCAGGGGGGCAAUGAAAAUGUUAGGUUAUCGACUAGUCGAGUCUGAAAAGGAGCAGACAGACUUGUCAGUUGACCUUGUUUUACCAAAGAAAAGGUAUCAUUUCAGCUGGCUGCCUUCCACGCUGACUAAAUUAUAAUGUAUGAACAGAAAAAAGGGAAUGAAAAACUGCCUUACUGGGGGGAUUUUUGUGAACAGAAAAACUAUUUAACCGAAGGAUAAAGGUUUCCUCUUGUUUUUAAGGGUUGAAAUGAAUGCAGGUCAUUGUGUUUUCAUGACAGAAUGAGCUCUGUGGUAUUUCAGCUUGUUAACAGGUACUAAGCAAUUCAUCGCAAAAUGUUCAUUCUUAACUGCUCUGUGAGUCAUUAAGCAAAAAGCCUUUUGGAAAAGGUCCCGCUGGAAAUAUGAUUCCUCAGCACCGUCAAACAUGUUGGUGCACCACUUCUUUUUCUAAAAGAAAAAAAGAAAAAAGAAAAAAAAAACAGUACAAUAAAAUAUUUAAAGAAA